CCAGUCUGCACAGAGCGUUUUUACUCACGUGGCAACGGAUGCAAAUUUAUUGGAACAAAAGAAAGUGUUUGCAUGAGAACAGAGUUCAACUCUCACAGGAUUGGUUUGGCACCCCAACAUGACCGCCUUUUUAUUGUUUUGGAGCUCCAAUAUGGCUGCUGUGACACCAUGUGAAAACGCUCUAUAUGAGAAAACCAGUAAUUAGAAUCAACCGAUCAGAAUGACUAAAUAUCAAAAGCGGACAGCACCAACGUUUCAGGUUAACUCAUCACUUUUGAAGUAUCAGUCAUCGGUAGACUAAUCUACAUGAAUUGUAGCAUCCCCGGCCUGGGGAAACUAAAUGUUCCUACAUUUUGUUUCCCUCUUGCCCAGCCAUUACUAAAGUCAUUAAGCAGUGGUGUACAACGGAUCUAUUCCACAAAAUAUCUGUUCCCCAGCCAAGUUCUUACGAGCUGGGAAACACUUUCACUGAAGUGUUUUCCGGCAUUGUCUGUGAAUUCGGGUCAUAUGUCUCGUAGCUGGGUAAGGUUGACAGGGAACUUUGCUGGGAAGUGAGACAUUUCCGCUGGGAUAAAGAAAGAUAAAAAUUUGCCAGCAGAGAGUUAAAUUGUGUUAAAAAUACUUCGGUUACUUCGUGGACAUGAUAGUCCCGAUGAGCAUUGUUAAAAUGAAGUCUGAAGAACACCACUUCCUGUUGGUAGUGUUUAUUUAGUUUAUUACACUGUUUAUUAUAGCAUAUAUAUAUAGCUCAAAGUAUCUCUUACCAAACGACGAGACGAGCAUUUAGGGGGCACUCUUAGGAAGGAAUUUAAGGGCACUCCUAGGAAGUGCUAAACGACUGUCAAAAUGUUUUCAAACCGUUAGUUUGCAAACAACCAAACCCUAAAAUAUAAUUGAAUAUUGUCUUUGUAUUUUUCGUGAAAACAGUUCCACACCUCUGAUAGAUUACUUUAUAAGCUUUGCGUGUAAAUAUCUGAGAGGUUUGGGAAGAUGAGCAUUUUUCUUCCUCUUAAAGUCAAGUGCGAGCAUUUAAUAGUACCUGACCAAUCCUGUCCACGUGACCACUUUCAACCAAUGAACUCACGUGAAACUUCAUUAGUAAAUCAUUACGAUUGAUAUGUGUUUUCGUUUUAUAAGUUGUUUGCACUAUAGUGCGUUGAGCGAGCUGAUAGAUAUUGCAGGAAAACAUCAUGGAGGCGUUUAGAGCACGUUUCAUAUGCUAUGCUCUGCUUUUUACAGCCAAGCACGUGUCGUCGUUUGAGAGGCUUGCACGUGAUGAUAACCUCACACGAGUAGAAAUCACCACUAUCCUUGGCCGUCCUGUCAAUCUCGGUUGCUAUGUGAUUAAAAAUUAUACGAGUGAAACUAUUCAGACUCAGGCUACGUCGACUAUUACGUAUGUCUGGUUGAAGGACAGCAAAUCUGUUCCUCAGACCCCAAACUCAAGAAUACACGAGAACGUUCUUGUUGUAACCCCAAAGAAUGACACGGAUUUUGGGAUAUAUGAAUGCAACGCGACUAAUGGCGUCUCUAGUACUCGAUGUAGAAUUGAACUGAAACGGGGAUGGACCAAGACAGAACGCGAGGAAAUAACGACUGGAUGUGUGAACAUCUCUGUGUUGAUGCCUGUUCUGGCAGUGGCCGUGUUGUCUUUCCUUUUAUUCAUCCAUCUGCUGAUCAGAAGGAAGGACAAUGGAAAAAAUGAACCAGAAACACCUCAGCAACAUCAGAAACAACGCAGACGCUCAUCUGUGGCCCACCCCCACGCAGAACAACGCCAGCAGACAAGGAAGCUCUCCAGGGACCUACUGUUCAACAGCCCCUGUGAGGGGGGACCCAAUAACAACGAGACAAAGCAGGGAGUCGUUUCCAUUGAGAUGCACAUGGGAGGAGACCUUCACAGCACUCCAGAGCCCAAGCCUCGUCAAAAGCUUAGUAGACGUGACCGGAAGAAAGGAUUUUACAAUAAGUCUUUUCGAAAUGCCUCAGUUGAACUGGAUGAUGUGGAAAUGGCUUCGCACGUGCCACGCGACAAGACGGCUGAUGACGGAGAGAGCCCUAAAGAGAUAGGAUUGUACAACGAAAAUUUCAAAAACGAUUCUAUGGAUUCCAUCGAUGAUUACUCCCAGGCUUCAGUUGUCAGCGUAUUUGGCGAUUCCAGGAGCAGUGAAGGAAGAGGUGCCUAUAAAACGGUUCAAAACGAGCCCAUGGAAAGUGCUGAAGAUGUAGAUGAGGUCUUCGUAAACCAACCACUGGAAACUGCCCUGGAAAAGUCUAAGAGUGGUAACAGACAGGGCUUCGUCAAUAAAACGUUUCAUACUGAUUCCAUGGAUUUGACAGAUGAUGGCGCCAGUACCUCAGGUGAAACAGCCACAGAAGAGGCUCAGGAAGCUAUCAACAAACCUGAGGGAGCUAUCCUUGACAAGUCAAAAAGUGGUAACCGGAAAGGAUUCUUCAAUAAAAAUUUUCAUUCCGAUUCCAUGGAUUUAACAGAUGAUGGCGCGAGUACUUCAGGUGAAACAGCUCCAGAAGAUGCUCAGGAAGCUGUCGACAAAAUAGAAGUAGGAACAAUCCUUGACAAGUCCAAGAGUGGUAACCGGAAAGGGUUCUUCAAUAAAACGUAUCAUACAGAUUCCAUGGAUGUCUCGGAUGAUGAUGUUCUGGAUGACAGCGCCUGCACAUCAGGGGAUAAAGCGACAGAGGAGGAUACGAGUGUCACUGCGCAAGAUCAUGAAGAGGACACGUAUUUUUAAGUGAUAUAUCAAACACGAAAUACCGUGUUUGACCUCAUUUCCUAACACCGAGAAGAGAAUUGAAAAUAUGACGAGUAGCGGAGUAUUUUUGACGAACUUCGAGGUGUUUGGAAAUUUAAUUAGUCAAACACGGUCUCGAGUGUCAAUCUUCUCAAUCGAUACUAAAACUAAGGAGAAAACGGAGAAAUGAAAUCGUAAAAAUCUAUGCUAAUUAAGAUCAGAUAUCCAAACACCGAUUUCUCUUGAUUUUCUUUGUUUGAACUUGAUAAAUUAUUAAUGAGUUUGAGAAGUUAAGUUUGUGUUGUCUCUUAUUUUUCUAGCUGCUCUUGUCAUCUCUCUCAGACCUUCACCAGAUAGAAAUGAAAAUACAGAUUUUGGUAUUGCUAUUUAAAUUAAUUUAUUCUGCGCUUCUCGAAAUUUUAAUCCUUCUGGUCGAAAGUUUUGAAUUUAUUUCACAUCAAAUAUUUUUUCUAACUGCCAUGGAUAUGUCUUUGAAACAUUCACCGAUUAGGGAGAACUGAUACAAAUUUUGAUAUAACUAUUUAAAUCUACUCUAAGUUUCUCGAAAUUUCAAUCGCUUUUAGCCAAUGGGUUUACAUGUAAGAUAAUAUGAGAUCCAACUUGUUUUAAAUUUCUUUCUAGUAUUUUUGAUAUGGAAUCCAACUUAGCUAAAGUGGUUUUGUUUGUCACCGGAGGAAUCGAGUUCGAAGGAUUGAAAAUUUUAAAACAUUUUAAAAAACUACCCGGUAAUGACUACACGGCAAAAUAUAAACAAUGACCCGUCCGGAAGGAUUAUCUUCCAUUUCAAGAGCUUUCAAAUGAGCUAGAUGUUGAAACGGCUUUCGACGAAGCCUUAACUGAAUCCUGCUCAAGUAUAACAUGUAUGUAUCUUCAGUUUUUAAACAGAGAAGUGAAGAGAAGGCCGUUUCUAUAGUUUAGAUUUAUCUACAUCGUCUUCAGAACUGAGAACCUUUAUUCAGUUAGAUCAUGCUAGUUAGCUUUGUUCCACGGUAAAAGAGUUUACUCCAGAACUCGUUUUGCGGAAGUUGGCUUACAUGUAAAAAUGGUCUCUUCCUUCAAUUGAUAAUGAUGACAUUUAUCAUAUUAACUGCCGAAGGAAAAUACUUUCUUUUUCAAUAUGCUUCAUUUCACUUGAAGUUCGGAAAUUUUUAAUGCCACAUCUAAAUACACAAUUUAAAGAGGAAACUCAACAGCAAACGAUAGAACGAGUAGGUUUCAAACUGUAUAUAACAUAUUGUUUCCUCAAAGUCCUAAAGGGAGGAGGCGGGAUAAAAGCAGUGUCUUUUUAGCCCCUUUUGGUUUUGUCCCCAAACUUUAAGCCCAUAACCUUUUGGGACCCUGUCACAUGAACUGAGAUAAAUGAAAAUUAAUGACUAAAGACAGGCUGUGUUUCUUGUCUUGGUAAACACUGUUUAAAUGUAGAAGUAUUUAAAGUGUACAGAUAUAAAAACAGGGGAUCAGUUAAUGAAAAAAGGGGCAUUAAUAAGUUGUCACUACAAAAUGUAUAAUUUCUAAGAACAUAAAAAAUUAUUUUAAA